UAUCUGUCUGUAUAAUUGAUAACAACAUUAAACAGUACAGACCACUGAGGAGCACCGCUUGUCACUGCUCUCCAGCCCCUGACGCUUGCUACCCUUCCCAGCGCUGCCCAAACGGGUCGCUGUUAGCAGCAGCCACAAGCCCCUCGCUUUGUUCCAUGGCUGAGGGCUAGCGGAUUGGUGACGUUCCCCAGGCAUUUGCUUCUGUCCCUAAGACAGCUGAGCCUUAUGUCAUCAUCACGGCCAGCCUUUAACGCCUCGCCCCGCGGCGAGGGGAACCCCAGGGCGGCAGCAGCGGUUCAGGUCGAAGUCUCCCCGGGGCCGGCCGGGCGGAGGGCCAGGGCCUGCUGACCUGCCGCAGGGGCCGGCGGGGGGCGGGCAGCGCAGGGCCGGCUGUCAGGACACCGAAAUAGGCGCUGCCGCUCCGGCCCCGCUGCCUCCAGGAGGUAGUAUUUCUUCCAAAGAUGGUGCCAGGGGCGCCGCGGGCCCGGGAGCGCCGCACGCUGCGGCCGCGCUCCGCCCAGGCGUAAGUAGCGCGGCGGGAGGCGGGGCGGGCCGGAGCGCGGCAGGGGCAGCGCGGAGCGGUUCCCAGAUCGCCAGCGGGCGCGGACAAAGCGUCGCGGGGGAGCGGCACUGCGGGGCGGCUCGGCGCGUCGGGCUGCCCGCGGUGUGCGCGGCUCACGGCCAUGGCCCUGGUCGGGCAGGAGGACUACGCCUACUUGUACGAGGACUCCUCUUACCCCGCCGGAUUCCUGGAGGCGUUCCGGACCUUUUACCUGGACGGGCUCUUCACCGACAUCACCCUGCAGUGCGCUUCGGGGGUCAUCUUCCACUGCCACCGAGCCGCGUUGGCUGCUUGCAGCAGUUAUUUCAGAGCCAUGUUCACAGCCGACAUGAAAGAGAAAUCUAAAAAUCAGAUCAGACUUCCCGGGCUCAGCCACGCCGUGCUGGAGGCUCUCGUGAAUUAUGCAUACACGUCACAGAUCCAGAUAACAAAGAGGAAUGUCCAAAGCCUGCUCCAGGCUGCAGACCUCCUGCAGUUCGUGUCAGUGAAGAAAGCCUGUGAGCAGUUCCUAGUGAGGCAUUUAGAUACUGACAACUGCAUAGGGAUGCACUCCUUUGCCGAGUAUCACGACUGCUCCGAGUUAGAAAAGGAGUCCAGGAGGUUGUUGUUAUCACAGUUUGAAGAAGUGUGUAAGCAGGAAGAGUUUCUGGACAUUGGUAAGGAGAAGCUCUCUUUCCUUCUCUCCAGAGAGAAUCUCAAUGUUUGGAAAGAAGAGACAGCUAUUGACGCUGUCAUUAAGUGGGUUGCACACAACGUGGAAGAGAGAAUUGAAGACAUCUGUGAACUGUUGAGCUGCAUCAAAGUAGACUUAGAUAACAUGUAUUUGAGGUCAGCUUUAAGUGUACAAAAAAAAUGCCGCCUUGAUGACAGUAGGAUAAGAUCACUCAUACACAAUGCCCUGAGCCUGAAUCCCAAAGGUCUCUCCAGAAAACCCACGGCAGCUAUGUAUGUGAUUGGAGGAUAUUACUGGCAUCCCCUGUCGGAAGUGCAUGUGUGGGAUCCGCUAACCAAUGCGUGGGUCCAGGGAACAGAGAUGCCUGAUCACACUAGAGAGAGCUAUGGGGUCACUAGCUUGGGACCAGACGUAUAUGUGACAGGAGGUUAUAGAACAGAGAGUAUUGAAGCUCUUGACACUGUGUGGAUAUAUAAUAGUGAGAGGGAUGAGUGGACAGAAGGCUGUCCCAUGCUCGACGCAAGGUAUUACCAUUGUGCAGUUUCCUUGAGUGGCUGCAUCUAUGCUUUGGGUGGUUACCGAAAGGGAGCUCCAGUUCAAGAAGCUGAAUUCUAUGAUCCUUUGAAAAAGAAGUGGCUUCCUAUUGCAAACAUGAUCAAAGGUGUUGGAAAUGCCACUGCCUGUGUCCUGCAUGAAGUAAUCUAUGUAACUGGAGGUCACUAUGGGUACAGGGGAAGCUGCACCUAUGAUAAAAUCCAGAGAUACCAUUCAGGUAGCAAUGCAUGGAGCAUAGUCACCACAAGUCCACAUCCAGAAUAUGGAUUGUGUUCAAUUACAUUACAAAACAAGAUCUAUUUUGUGGGUGGACAGACCACGAUCACAGACUGCUAUGACCCAGAGCAAAACGAGUGGAAGCAGAUGGCUCAUAUGAUGGAGAGAAGGAUGGAAUGUGGCGCAGUGGUUAUGAACGGAUGCAUCUAUGUAACAGGAGGAUAUUCCUAUUCAAAAGGGACAUACCUGCAAAGUAUUGAGAAAUACAACCCUGAGCUGAACAAAUGGGAAGCAGUAGGCAACCUUCCCAGUGCCAUGCGGUCCCAUGGCUGUGUCUGUGUGUACAAUGUGUAAGCAUCUAAUUUUCAUAUUGCUGUUACAGAAAAGAGCCCACACAGUAUUCAUAGUGGUACUGAUUACCUCAUGAGUGAGAUGUGUAAUACAAUCUUUUCACACAUGUUGUAAAAACUAGGUAUAGUUUGCCUUUAUUUCAAACAAUUCAGAAACACAAAUGUGGUACAUUUUCCCCUAUUUCAUCAGUCCCAUCAUUCUUUGUCAUGAAAUAGAUCUGUUGUCACUAACUGUAAGGUGAAACUAUGACACCGUGCUGAGUAUGGCCAAACAAAAUACUUUCUAUUUCUGUGGACUGCUGAGCUUAAGAUGAAGUCUUUGAUACUCCAGCUGUUACAUCACCCACAAGUCCUUCUCUGCUUGCAGACAGCAGGUCUAGUAGCAUGUCUUCCCUAGCUGGCUCCCUCACAAACUGUGUCAGGAAGUUAUCCUCCACACAAUCUAGGAACCUCCAGGACUGCUCCCUCUCUGCUGUACUGUAUUUGCAGCAGACAACAGGGACAUUGAAGUCCCCUAUGAGAAAAAAGGGCCAACAAUAGUAAGAUUUCUUCUAUAUUCUUAAGGGAUAUUUUAUCUGCAUCUUCAUCCUGGUUGUGUGGUCUAUAACAAAUUCCAACCAUAUCUGCUUUGUCAGCCUUACCCAUAAUCACUUGACUCUUUCAUGACCAUCAUUAAGCUUGAGAGAAUCAAAACACUCCCUGACAUACAGAUCUACCCCACUGUCUCUCCUUCUGGAGAGCUACUGAUUGUGGCACUCCAGUUGUGUGAGACUUCUCCCCGUGUUUCUGGGAUGGCCACAAAACCAUCGUUUUCCUGAUGCACAACAGCUUCUAGCUUCUCCUGUUUGUUUCUCAUACUGUGUGCAUUAGUGUAAAUACACUUCAGCUGAGCUAACAGUCCUGUACCUUUUUGCAAGGGAAAGUCCUAAUUCCUGCUUGAACAUUUUCAGGUGCUCCCAUAGUUACUAACCCUUUACUUUUUGCUGCAGAUGGGUCCCUCCAUUCCCUAUCUCUACUUGACACAUCAGACUGAAAGACCUGCUAGCACACCAUUCUUCAAACAUUGGUGUGCUGCUCUUGGACUUAUUUCCAGCAAGCCUGAUGCUGUGCCUUUCCCCGUCACAUCUAGUUUAAAGCUCUUUCAAUGAACCCUGCAAGCUCCUGUGGUAGGAUCCUUAUCCUCCUUGUGACAGGUGUAUCCUGUCUGUUGCCAGCAGGCCUAAUAUUCUCUAAGUCAGCACACCCGGCUCAGAGCCAAGCAUUGAUCUGAUGGCUCUUCCAGUUUAUUCUCCCAUCACUCCUCACAACUGGAGGUAUAGAGAAGAACACUACUUGUGCUCCCUAUCCCUUAACCAGUUGUCUAAGCACCCUGGAGUGUCUUUUUUUUAUUUUUUGCUCUCAGGUUUCUUCUUGUUACUUCAUCACUACCUUCCAGAAAGAUCAGCAGUGGAUAGUAACCUGAAGGCUGUACUAGGGAAGGAAGCUUUCUUCUUACAUUGUUAAUACAGGCCCCAGGGAGGUAGCAAACUUCCCUAAGAUAUGGGUCUGGUCUGCAUAUUGGUCUUUCUGCUCCCUUCAGGUGAGAGCCACCCAUGAGUAUCUUUUAUUCUUUAGUGAAGAGGUUCUGAUGAGGAUGUGCCAGUGAGGGACAGCACAGACUCCACAUGAUUCAGUGUGAAUCUCACCAGAGACCUUUAUUGUUGGUUAUGACCCUGCUUAUGUAGUCUAGAGCACAGCACACACCCCUACACAUUAGCAUAAUCUAGGCAAGUACAGCCCAGUCUUUUACAUACAACAUGCCUUGUUUUUCCCCUUAGCCAGAUGUCCCACUCUCUUUCCUCCCCUGUGGGAGGCAUCCUGAAGCUGUGAGAAUGAAGGUCAAAUGCUUAUACACUCCUCACUAUUAUUCUAUCUUGUGUUGCAUUCCCACAAGGAUGUAGACUGACUAAACCUUGGCAACACUUCCAAGCUGGGUCUUUGUUAUCAUUCAGUCCUCCUUGCAGAGGAGACAGAAAUACCUUGGGGAACAGAAAGGCUCUUCCAGACCACAUCAGUUCCUCAGUCCAGCUUAUAUAAUGACUGCAGAAACAGCUCUUAGGCAUUGGCAUGAAAGGCAAGGACGACUCAAGUCUGCUGUAGGGUGUGGUAGGAAUUUCUUACACCAGCACUGCUUCCUAAAAUGAAGUUUUAUGUUUACACGACUUAUUAGGUGUGAUGAAAAGAGCUGUCCAAGCAGGUAAGCCCUGAAUUGGUGAUAUUUAUUUUUCUUGAUCAUAAGCAUUUUCAGCAUUUUUCUAUUCUUUCACAUUGUUAUGCUAUUUCUCACCUCCAUUUGACCACCAGUAGCAGGCUGCACUCUGUGCUUUGUUGUGAAGUUCUAUGAUAUACAGUUUUUGUUUUGAUGUCUUUUUGUGUCAGCUUAACUAUGUCAGAAGCUCAUGCCUGUGUGGAUUCAGUAUUUUGCUUCAUUACCCAUCCCAGUGGAAGCUAUUUAAGGAUCUAGUGUAAUUUGUUUAAAGACUCUAAAUUGUAAAGAAGCGUGGGGAAUUGAAGUCUGAUGCUGUUUGAAAUGCUUGGGCUGGGCAGCUGAGAAAAGUAAAUAAAGUGGCUGUUUCUCCUGGGAAUUGUUCAAAGGCAGGUGGAGAUUUAAAGGACAAAAUCAUAAGAGCAUCAAGGUCAUUUUUUGUAUUGAACAAACUCAGUGUAUAUAAUUUUUCAGUGCAGAAUAUGUACCUGUGGUGCUUGAUGUUGAAAAACGUGUGCAUGGAACACCAGGUUGUGGCUGGCUCUGAGGUUCACCUUGGCUUGUAUCCUGUCACUAACAGUCAGUGACAGGAUGUAAGAACAAGGCAAGGACUAACGAACCCUCCCAGCAUCUACCUGUCUGCUAGGUAAGCUAGGUGUUUAAUGUUGGCAAAGGAUGGCACUGUUCCAGAGCUGGAGUACAGGCACAGAGUCUGUUUUCUCCCUCUGGGCACCUUUCAAGCAUCUCUGCUCUGCCUCAGCCUUUUGUGAAGUGGCCAAAAAACCCUUUUUUAGUUCUUACAUGCUAGAGGAGCCAUGUGCUCAUCUGGUGUAAACAAAAGCCAGCGGGGUCACUGCUUAGGGCUCUUGAUUUGUCAGAGACUUUUGAAUGCUUUAGAAUAAACAGAGCAUGGGAGUUCAGACUUGUGGUUAAAUUUUAAGUGGUGCUAUUUUUCACAGAAUCCUACAGCGUCCUUUUAAACUAGCUCGUAUCUGUAGCCCAUCCCAAGAAAACAUGAAGCAAUCAGGUCCUGAGCACAGGAAGGAACAUGAGGUCAGUGAGAGGAAGUGGGGCUCUUGGUUCUGGUCAGUAACCUGUGGGUCCUGUGACAGGUGGAUCCUGUAGGCACUUAGGUAGUAGGUUUGUAAGCAACAGUGGUUGAACAUGAACACUGAGUUACUGUGCUAUCGGACCUGUAUUAUACUACGUAUUUUUUGUUUGAUCUGUGAACUAGAAAACUGACUCAGAGGCAAGGUGAAUUAAUUCAGUCCCGUUUGUUAAAUGUUUUACUGGUAUGACCCUCAUGUCUGUAGCGCUGUAGAUGUCCAUAACACAUCUAUGGUACUUAAGUGAAUGUCUGCGAUAGGAAAUAAAUGUAAGCAUAGCAUCAGUA